AUGGAAACAUAUAGCACAAUAAUUUCACACCUUAAAGAUCAAAUGCAUCAUGAAAUACAUCGUCAAAAACAACAACAAGAAGAAGAAAUGUUGGAAUUUGUCAACCGUCUCUUUCGAGAAUUCUCAAUUCAAGACAUACAAGAAAAGAUGAAUACCUCGUUACUACAGAUAAAUAAUUAUUCCGAGCAUGUUAUUGAGUCAUCACCAAUAAUAAUACCAUCGACUCGCUCAGCAUUCCAUCUUAUACAAAAAACUCCUUUCUCUUCCAGGAUACGAACGGCAUCAUCAUGUCAUCCGUAUUUUAAUCGAAAGCGAACGGCACCAAUAAAAGUUGUCUUCUGUUCUCAGCGUUGUUGUUCAACUAUGUCGUCACCAUCUUGUUUGCCAUCUAUGUAG